GACCAGAAAUUUUUACUCAGAGCUCUGAAUACCGCUAUUCUUCUCGUAACAUUGCAUUAAUAUGAUGUUAUAUGACAAUCGACAACGUUGUUGCCCCGGGAUGAUCCCAAAGAAUAUCCUAAUUUGGAAAGAUGCUGCGCUGGGCUGAGACUUUAGCCCACGCGUAGUUGGGCAAGCAAUUGGUCUGUCGUUACACAAGCAUCCAUGCGAGUUAUCGAAGCCGUCGAAGGAUCUGGCUUCACACCACACACCCCGGGCGGUGGGGGCUGUAAAUGCUGGCCUGAUAGGUGUAUCUGGUAGGACUUUCUAUAUGUAAAUGUUAUAAGCGCGCUUAAGGAUAGUAGCUGAAGAACGUGUAUCACGAAGACCUUCUUUUAAGAAGCUAAGAUACCUAUUUAAUUGACUAGGCCUCCCUCACCUUGUCCUUCCUUUCACAUACACGUACGUGCGUACAGAGCACAUACUACUCAUUUCCAUUCCCUUCGAUUCAAACACACCUUCAAACAUCUAAACCUCUAAAAAUGGGAGACAAAACGGCAGAGAAAAUGGUAGUAGACGCAAAGGCGGACUCCAAAGCCGGCUCGUCAUCAUCAUCAAAAGCAGCAGACUCGAAAGACCCGCCGCCGCCGUACUCGUUCGCGGCGCCUCCCGGCGAACUCCAGCCACCGCAGGCGCAACCGCAAGGCCGACCGGCCAAGAUCCCGCGCCAGUUCCCCCCCGCGUUCAACAUGUACCGCGACGGCGGGCUCGGCGGGCGCCACUACACGCUGGGCGAGCACCAGGACCGGCCGCUGUACGCGGUGGCGCUGCACACGGGGUUCUCGGGCAAGCCGGACGUGGUGCUGCAUAACGGGCCGAGCGAUAGCCGCCCGCCCCUCGCGGCGGCGGAGAAAAGCGGCUGGAGCUCGCGCGGCACGGUGUACCUCCCGCCCGUGCCUGGUCUGAGUCUGGGUACGGGACCGGGAAAUGGCGGGAUACCGGCUGCGCAGGAGAAGUUUGAGACGGGCGGGGGACCGUUCGGGCAUAAGACUUUUUCGUUUGGGAUUGAGACGGGUGUAGGGGAGGGCCAGAGGAGGGAGAUGUUCGAGUGGAGACACUCUUCUUCGGGCGCGGUUAAGGGGCUCGGGGGGCGAGGUGCCGGGUGGAAGCUUUGCCGCUUGGCGAAUGGGCCGCCGGCGGGUGUGCAGGCUGCGGAGUUUGUGCAGGGCGGGGAGAGGGGGAGUGAUGGGCGGGAGGUCGUUGCUGUGUGGGCCUGGGCUAGCGGGAGCAUGACGAAGACGUGGAAGUUCCAGUUCCUCGGGUCCGGCGCGAACGGCGUGCUGGGCGAGCGCUGGGCGGUCAUGGCGGUCAUGACGGCGCUGAAGAUGUGGGACAUCGAGAGGCGCGCGAGGCAGAACGCCCGCGCUAACGCCGGUGCGGCCGGUGGUGGAGCUUAG